AUGAGGUACGGAGGGCCGCUGGCCGUGCUGCUGACUCUUCUGGCGACCGCGGCGGCGCAGGACUGCACGGCGGUGUUCGCGGAGUCGGCGGGGACCACGGCCAGGCUGGGCGGGCUGUUCCGCGUGCACGACCCGGGGACCGGGGACGAGAAGUGCGGCGACAUCUCCCUGAAGACCGGCGAGGCCGUGGAGGCCAUGCUGUUCGCCGUGGAUAAACUGUCGCGUUCCAAUCAAAAUUUGGUGGAGGGUGUAACUUUUGACGUCCAGAUCUACGACACGUGUGGGAGAGAAGACGAGGCGGCCAAAGCCACCCUGGAGCUCGUGGGCUUCGCCGAGCCCGAGAACAUCAACUUCGGCUACGACGCGACCACGUGUCCGGCUAGAGAGCGGGUGUUCGUCGGUCUUGUGGGACCGAGUCUGAGCCAGUCGGCCAUCUCGGCGUCCGAGAUUUUCACCCCGGUCCAGGUCCCCGUCAUCAGCCCCACCGCCACCAGCAUAGAGCUGGACGACAAGGAGAGGUUCCCCUACUUCAUGAGAACAGCCUCUUCGGACAAGAGUCAGGCACAGGCUAUGGUAGAAUUGCUGGUGGUUCUCGGCUGGACGUACGUGUCAACUGUGGCGUCAGCUGACAGCUACGGGCGGAUGGGCAUUGCCGAGUUCACCCGUGCAGCUAAGGAAGCCGGGAUCUGCGUGGCGGUCUCGAAAGAAGUGUCCAACACGGCGAGCGGGGCGGCGUACUUCGGCCCAAUCCUGAACGAGUUGAUCGCCAAGGCCGGGGACGGGGCUGUCGGCGUGGUCGCCUUCCUGCACGACUUCAACUUCCAGCGGAUCAUGGACGUGGCCGUGUCGGAGGGGGACCGGGCUAAGGUGCUGACGUGGAUCGUGUCUGAAGGCGUGGGGCCAGACCAGACGGCGGUGCAGGAUUACGGGUCUCACGCGCGCGGCAUGGUCACCUUCAGGCCGGCCUUCUCCGUCAUCCAGGAGUUCCAACAGCACAUGGAGUCUCAGCACGCGGUCAACCGCAGAGGCAUCAACCCCUGGUUCCCUGAGUACUACAUGGAAUUGAACCAGUGUAAGAUCAACCACAGGUCCUUCGACUACACGGCAAGGAAAUAUGUCAGGUUUGCCAACCUGCCUGAGUGCGACUCGCUGGUAAUGUUGAGCGGCUUUAACCAGACGUUCGUGGCCAGUAAGACCAUCGACGCUGUUUACGCCUUCGCGCACGCCCUGAGAGCGGCACAGACCGACCUGUGCGGGCCGAACCCGUCAGGGCUGUGCGACGAGCUGCUCGAGAUGACGCAGGAGGAGUUUUUCCGGUACCUCCAGGACGUGUACUUCACAGGACUUGGCGGCAACACGGUUCGGUUUGACGAGACAGGGAACGUGGAGGCGGCGUACGAUCUCUUCAACUACGCGGACACGGACAACGACGGCGAGGGCGACACUUUCAACAGGAUCGGGACGUACCAAGGCGAGACGCUGGACGUGGCCCUGAUGAACAUCACCAUGUACGACCAGACCGGCGCGGAGGGCAUACCGGACUCCGCCUGCACCCGGGACUGCUCGCGCUGCCUCCCGCUGAAGGAGGACAAGAAGUACGCUCACCUGAGCGGCGACGUGCUCAUCAACGGGCUCUUCCCCGUGCACGCCGCGGGCGACACGACGUUCGUCUGCGGCGACAUCAACAGGGAGAAGGGGAUCCAGACCCUGGAGGCCUUUCUGUACGCCAUCAGACGGAUCAACCAAGACGCCAACCUCCUGCCGUCAGUCAGUCUGGGCACGCUGGUGUUAGACACCUGCUACACGCCGAUCCAAGCCAGUCAGGACGUGUCCAACCUACAGAGCAGGGUGGUGACGUAUGGAGUACCUGAUGUGGACGUCUAUGACAUCAUUGGAUACGUGGGCGCACUUUCCAGUGACGUCACUGUGGAUGUGGCCGACGUGCUUACUUCUUUGGGGAUCCCACAGAUAAGCUGGGGCUCCACCAGCACGUUGCUUAGCAACGCAGACGACUACCCGUUCUUCCUGCGGACGGUUCCAUCCGACGACCUGCAGGGGGAGGCCAUUGCCGCUCUGGUGGACUACUUCGGGUGGAACUACGUCGCGACGGUGUCGUCCGACACGGUGUACGGCCGCUCGGGCAUCGCGGCCUUCAGGCAGGCGGCGAACAACUACGACAUCUGCGUCUCCUUCAACCACGUGGUCCCGCGGGACGCGACGGACGAACAGCUGGACGCCAUCAUCACGGCGCUGCGCGAGAACACCCGAGCCAGGGCCGUCGUCAGCUUCGUGACGGACUCGGACGCACGAGCCCUCCUUCAGGCGGCUACCCGGCUGAACGCCCGAGGAGAGCUGAUCUGGAUCGGGAGUGACUCGUGGGGGAGCCAGGCUAGCGUGGUGGACGGUCUGGAGAACGCGGCGCGGGGAGCCCUCACCAUCACUCUGGAGAACAUCCCUGUCGCUGGGUUUGAGAAUUACUUCAAGGCCCUGACGCCCGACAGUAACAGCGACAACCCCUGGUUCAAGGAGUUCUGGGAGGACUAUUUCGGCUGUAACCUGCCCGGCGGGACCAAGUACGCGGAUAACUGCUCCCCCUCCCACUCCCUCACACAGAGCUUUCAACAGGCCAGCUUUGUGCCACAGGUGAUGAACGCAGUGUACGCCUUCGCUCACGGUCUGGACGCGCUGCUCCGGGAGCACUGCAGCGGGGCACAGGGCGUCUGUUCGGAGCUCAAGGCCAACGAGAAUUUCAAGCAGCUCCUCCUGGAGAAGACAAAGCAGCAGCAGUUCACCGGUGUGGACGGACAACCCGUCCAGUUUAACGACGACGGAAGCGUGACGAUGGGCUUCACCAUCUGGAACUACGUCAGGGUCAGGUCGGGGGUGUACGAGUACAAAGACGUUGGUUCCUUUGAAGGAGGGUCCCUUCGUCUGGACAGACUGAGCAGCGCCGUGUGGUACGAGCGGGACGGCACGGAGAGGUUCCUGUCCGACUUCGGCUCGGAGUGCCGCGACUUCAAGAUCUGCCCCGGCUGCACCUCCCUGAGGAUCCCCGACUUCUUCGCCAGCGGGGACGACAACACGGUGGUGGUGCCCGUCCUGUUCCCGAUCCACGCCGUGGGGGAGACGAGUUUCGAGUGCGGCGCCAUGAGGGACACCACCGCCGUGCAGUACCUGGAGGCGUUCCUCUACACCCUGGACAUCAUCAACAGGAGGAGCGACCUGCUGGCCUCAGCUACCCUGGGAACGAUCAUCCUGGACACGUGCUCCAGCUCCGACAAAGCAGCCUCACAGGUAUUGAAGCUACAUAACAACGAGCUGUCUGCCGGUUCUAGCGGCGACCCAGCGAACGCCACCAACAUCAUGGCGUACGUCGGAGGGAAGGAAGACGACAUCACCAAGGCGGUGGCAGGAGUUCUCAGCCCCUUGAAGAUCACUCAAGUCAGUUACGGCUCAACAGGCAGCAUCUUCAACGACCGAGGCGUCUUCCCGACGCUGCUAAGGACCGUGCCGUCCAACGAACAACAGGCCGUCGUCAUGGUCGCUCUAAUGAAGGAGUUUGGCUGGACCUACGCGUCUGUCGUGUAUACGUCAGACGCUUACGGAAUAUCCGGAAAGGACUUGUUUGUACAAACUGCACAGGAAAAUGGCGUCUGUGUUGCGACUAUUCUCCAGAUAUCAGACUUUCGGACCAAUGAUGCAAUGGACAAGAUCGUAGAACAGCUGAGGGAAAAGAAAGGCGCCACGGCCGUGGCGGUGUUCGCUGAUUCUGACGCGACGCGCUCUCUCCUCCAGGCGGCUGACAGGGCUGCGACAGCCGGCGAAUUCGUCUGGUUUGGCGGCACCACUUGGGGUGCCAGACAAGACGUCGCACAGGGUCUUGGCUUUGUGUCUCGGGGAGCGUUUACCCUCGAGCUGAAAUCAGACGCCCUGGCAGGCUUCGACACGUACUUCAGGACACUUCGGCCCAGCAGCAACACCCGCAACCCCUGGUUUAAUGAAUUUUGGGAGGAGACAUUCGCCUGCUAUCUGACCGAGAAGGAUCCGAGUUACCCACCAAGACCCAGCUGUACGGGUGCAGAGAGACUCGAGGACAGCUGGGUACACGACACGUUCGUCUCCUAUACGGCAACGGCUCUCUUCUCCAUCGCACAUGGACUUACACGGUUGGCAACAGACGUGUGCGGGGCGGCGACCUUUUGCGAAGGUCUGCUGAACCAUCCUGACCGCCAAGCCCUCACCGUCCAGUAUGUCAGGAACGCCAGUUUCACAGAGGUCGGGCUGAGUCAUCUUUUUACCGAGCAGGGCGCCGGACAACCCAAUUACGUCGUCAUGAACUAUCAGAGAGACGGCAGCAACUAUCACUACACACAAGUCGGGACAUACAGUGGCGACACCCUGACUCUCUCAAGACCGGACGUUAGGAUGUACGACAGCAAUGGUGAUGUGGUGACGCCAACAUCGAAGUGUAUAGAAAACUGCGAGCUAUGUUUGACUGAAGCAGCGAGGGUGGUCGAAGAUUUCCUACUGGUCACUGAGGACGUAGACGUGCUCGUAGCUGGCGUCUUUCCUGUGCACGAGGCAGGAGACGGCAUCUUUACGUGCGGUGAAAUUAGCCAAGUCGGGUUCGAGAUGUUAGAAGCUUUCCUCUUUGCGAUAGACAGGGUCAACGAUGACGGAACGCUGUUGACCAACGUCAAACUCGGCCCGUUUGCGAUAGACUCCUGUUCGAGCUCCAUGAGAGCAUCGCGCGACGUCUCUAAUUUCUACAGUCGGUCAGUGACCUUCCAGAACAGCCUCGACCCGCCGGCGCGUCCAAAUAACGUCAUUGGAUACGUUGCAGAGGAGACUGAUGUCGUCACUGCCGCGGUGGCCAAUCAGAUUACACCAUUCAAAGUUGUGAACGUUGCGUACGGCGCGUCAGGUGUGGAGCUUGGAGACACGAACACGUAUCCGUACGUCCUCCGCACCGUCCCUUCAGACCUGAGAGAAGCCAACGCUGUUUUGUCUAUCGUACAGCGGUUCGGUUGGUCGUACGUUUCCGUCGUGCUGUCGGACAAUACGUACGGCAGGACUCUGUCUCAGGAGUUCGCCAGAAUCUCCAAGGAGGCCGGCGUCUGCAUAGCGACGACCCGGACGAUUGGGAACACCGCGACGGCCGGGGACCUCGCGGUAAUUGUGACGGCACUGAAGACCAAGCUCCCCGGAGCUGUAGGGCUGGUGCUCUUUACCUCGGCGGAGGACACGAGGCGACUUUUGGAAGCGCUCACAGCAUCGGCUGAUGCAACAGGUGCGUUUAUUCUGGUAACUGGCACGAAAUGGGGCGACCUCUUGUCCGUUGCCAGGGGAUUUGAGGUCGCAGCGAGAGGCGCGAUUACGCUUACCAUACCAGACAGUCAAGUCCCGGACUGGCAAACGUAUUUCGAAAACCUCCAACCGGGCUCCUACUUCCGGAACCCCUGGUUCAACGAGUUCUGGAACGACCAUUUCCAGUGCGACUUCUCCAACACGCAGGACAGGAAGUACGACUCGACUUGUCUCGGAACAGAGCGGUUCAACUUUGGCGCCAACGGCCUCGACCAACACCUGUACGUACCCUACGUCAUAGACGCCGUGUACGGCAUCGCAAACGGGCUGCACAGCCUGCUGGUCAGCACCUGUGGAGCGUCGACGCUCUGUCCGCAGUUCAACCUGUCGAACGUUGGAAACCUGCUCCGAGACGAGCUCACCAAGAUCAGGUUUGCGGGCGCCAACGCCAGGCAGUUCGGCUUCACGGAGAUGGGAGACGGCAACGUCAGGUACAACGUUCAGAACUUCCAGCGCCGGGUGGAUGGAUCGUACGGCUUUGUCGAGGUCGGUUCGUACACCAGCGCAGCCCUGGACCUGAACGUGAACAACGUGCGUGUGUACAACAGGCCGGGGCAGGUGCUGACCCAGAUCCCCCGCUCGGCCUGUAACGGGACCUGCUUCGAGUGUCUGGACGAGAGUUUCCCCAACAGAUGCACCAACGGCUCGGCAACGGCAGGGAGCGCAGCCGUGGUGGACGGGGACAUCUUCGUGGCAGAGCUGAGAACAUAUGUAUGUUUCCUUCUAGGACUGUUCCCAAUCCACGACAGAGGCCACGAUGUCUUCUCCUGUGGGAGCAUCAACCAGUGGGAGAUGCAGCUGUUCGAGGCCUACAUGUUCGCUCUGGACCGCAUCAACGCCGACCCGUCCAUCCUCCCGUCCGUGCGCCUCGGGACGCUCGCCAUGGACACCUGCAAGAGCGGCCGCAAGGCGUCGCGGGACAUCGCCAACUUCCUGAGCGGCGAGAAGACGUACUACGUCACUGAGUAUUCCAGCUCGUUCGUCGAGCCGGCUUCAACUCUUGCCGUCAUAGGCGCCUCAGCAGGGGCCGUGUCGCUGAACGCAAUGGAGGUCGUCGAGACGUUCAAGAUGGCGCAGGUGUCCUACGCGUCACCGGAAAUCCCCAUGGCAACGAGAACGAACUAUGAGUAUCUCUUCAGGACGCUUCCGGCCCUGGAGAGGCAGGUGCAGGCCUUGAUGGACAUGGCGGCGUAUUUCAAGUGGAAUUACGUGUCGGUGCUGUACACGCCGACAGUGUACGGGACGGUGCUUUACGAACGUUUUAAAGAGGAGGCCAAAUCGCGAGGCGUCUGUCUGGCCGUGCAGCAGGAAAUCCGCAACAACUUCACCCACACAAAUUACGAUGAUGUUAUUGUGGAACUGAGGAGAAAGGGAGAGGCCUCUACUGUCAUACUGUUCGCGGAGAGGACAGAGACUGAGAACAUCCUUCUGGCCGCGCAGCGCGUGAACGUCCGGUCGUUCUACACGUGGAUCGUCACCAGUAAGGUCGCCGGCGAUGUCGACGUUCCGCUCGCGCAAGACUCCGUGAUCAACGGUGCCGUCCUCCUUAAAGUAGAAACAGAGCAGGUAGCAGAGUUUGACAGGUACCUCGAGACACUCACUCCGGAGAGUAACGAAAGAAACCCGUGGUUUAAGGAGUUUUGGCAGGAACACUUUCAGUGUAACCUUCCUAACGAGCCUGUUAAGUACCCGGUCGUGUGCUCUGGUAACGAGAGGCUGACUGAGAGUAGUUUGACGCGCAAUCCGGAGGUAGUUCACGUCAUCAGAGCCGUGUACGCGGUGGCUCACGGUCUCGACACGACGCGAAAGUUCUACUGCCCGACAGAACCGGAGGUGUGCGACAACUUUCGCAACGCCAACGACAAGCCGGAGAGGGCGUACGGCUUCAUUCGGGACGUGGACUUGAUCGGUAUCGCCGGAAGUCGCUUCCGUUUCACAACGACAAGAGACGGGGACGUUGGGUACGAGAUUUUGAACUAUGAAAUCACGGCUCCUCCAAGCAGAUACGGAUAUGUAAAGAUCGGCACGUGGAGCGACGGAUUGUUCCUUGAACGAAGUCCUCAGAGCACCAGCACAGAGAACGUGAAGUACCCGGCGUCCCAGUGUACCGGGGACUGUACGGAGUGUGUCCAACAGGGCAUCCUGCCUGCACCUCCGCAGGAAAGGCGCAUCGACAUCCCCACGGAAGUCCGGACCAGAGACGUCUGGGCCAUCAUCUGUAUGACGCUCGCGGCCUUGGGAAUGUUCUUAACCCUCAUGUUGAUGAUCUACUUCCUUGUCAAAGUCCGCUCCUCCUCUCUGUCUGGUGUGACUACCUCCACCUCUCUAGGCUAUGUCAUACUCUUCGGCCUGUUCUCCAUGUACGCCAUGGUCUUGCCGUUCGUCAUGACGCCGAAUGACGUGGUGUGCGGCGUGCGUCGCUUCGGCCUGGGGUUCUUCUACGCGCUGACGCACGGCGCCAUCCUGGUCAAGACCAUCCGCAUCUGGCGCAUGUCGCGGAUGGAGAAGGCCGGCUUCCCCGGCGAGGAGGCCAAGUUCACCCGCAACUGGAGCAACGUCUUCAUCGUCAGCGCCCUGAUGCUGCCGCAAAUCGGUAUCGGAGUCUGCUGGCUGCUGGCGAGCCCGCCUGCUACCUACUCCCUCGGCUCCACCAUCUACUGCGGGUACAGUAGAGCCGGUCUGCUGCUCUCCCUGCUGUAUGUGAUGUUCCUGGUGUUCCUUACUGUUAUCUACAGUUUCGUGGCGAGGAAUUACAGCAUGAACAUGUGGGAGGCUCGCUACAUCAUCGCGAUGGUCUGGCUGUGCGUGUGCGUGUGGAUCUCCUGGGCCUGCGUCUUCAUGCUGACCGACAGAGAGUUCUGGGACCCGGCCGUGUGCGUCGGCCUUCUCCUUAUCGCCACCUUCAUCCUCAUCCUCCUCUUCGUGCCGAAGCUGCAGGCCUUCGCCACCACGUACCGCCACAACUUCACCUCGCGCUACGACAUCAACAAGAGGCCCAACUCCAUACAGCGCUCAGACGUCGAAACGGACUCCCUGGGCUCCCUGGACAGUAUGUACGGCGGCGCGAGCCUACAGGACAGUGCGGUGACCGCAGACGCCUUCUAUCGCUCCAAGACGGCCAACGGGAAGCUGUCGAGGAGCGUGUCCAACACCAGCAACCACGCGGGGGCGAGUAACCUGUACGUCUACGACGGACGGCGAGGUAGAAUUUUAAGUGCCCGUAGAAGGGCUGUACGUAACCCGAGGUAUCUCCACGGCCAUCAGCGACGCGAUCGCGUCAAUCUCGCUCUCAAUUGGCUGACGUUGCCGCCUACGUCAGACCGUAGGUCGCGCUCAAAUUCAGUGCAGCGGUUUCAUACCAUGUAUUUCUAAU